AUGUCAGAAGAUUCAGAAAAGGAAGACUAUUCAGACAGAACUCUCAGUGAUGACGAUGAUCAGGAUGAAGAUACAUUUGUGCAAUUUGUAAGUGAUGACAUUCAUCAGUGUACACUACUAACAGCUGAUUCUACUGGUGACCUGUUCUUCCCUCAGACUACACAGAUACUAUUGGAAUGUCAGCUAGGAAGGUGGGUGCCACACCUCCGGGAACCACGAGAUUUAUAUGGUGUCUCCUCUUCCGCACUGAGCCCAACAUGGUGGCCAUACCACUGUGAGGCCAUUGAUGAGAAAGUUCAGCAUAUUGGUAUGUUUUUAGCAGUUUGGGGGAUUCGAACAUUAGCAGACACUUUGUCUACUUUGAUUUUAGUGAGGAGACUCAUGGUGUAA